UUAAGUUUCACUUUCUGUUAACUGUAAAUGGCGUGUCAUACUGUCAGACUGAAAUUCGGUCAAUUAUAAACUAAAUAUCUUAGUUUUGUUUGGAGGAAGUGACAGAUAGUUUGAGCGACAGGUCUUCUGCUGCACUGCUUCACGUUUUACGGUGUGAUUAGUUCAGUUUUCAGGUGGAAUCAUGUCUGCUUUAUUAGGAGAAAUCGCACGCAUUGACCAAGAAGCAGCCUCUAUCCUGGAGGAUGCUAAGUUUAGCACAGACUCAGAUCUUCAGUUUCUGAGUCGAGAUGACCUGCGAGAGUUGUUCCCUGGAAAUCGGGAAUUAAAGCGCAGGAAAACCAUUUUUGAUAUAAUUCACAAACAGAAACCAGUUGAUUUGCUCCUAGAAGGACUGAGGGAAUUCAUCCCACUAGAAUCUUUGAGAGCUGCUCUAACCGAUAACGGUGUUUUGGUCGACUAUCUUCAUGUCCUGAAGAACAUGAAGACACAGAUGGACAAUGUGCAGACUUUCCUUGAUGCUCACAUCAAUCUGCUAGAGGACAUCAGCAAACCUGGGCGCAACCAGGAACUUCAAAAUGGAUCUAAAUCAGCCACCUCAGCCACCACUGAUCCAAUGGAAAUUUCCAAUAACCAACAUCAUGACCGUCAAGGAGCUUAUGGUUCACCUGUACGCCCACGUGUCAGCGGUGAGGUGGUUCACUACUUACCGCAAACAGGUAGAGGUCAUGAUCUACAAAUAGCCAGAAUGAAAUACCAAGUGGUUGUCAGCGGUCAAACAUUUGGUGCACACGUACAGCUGAUAGACAACAUAAAGUCUCCAUCUCUGAAUCGUCGGCUUCAACUUGUGGAGAGCACUCAGGACCCUCAGAUCAUCUUCGUCUUCUGUCCGAUCGUGUCACGUCUUGCAACGGACGCUAAUGCAGCCUUGGAGGAAGUUAAAGGACAGGAGUCCAUCAUCCUGGUGCUGAUGCACCACGUACACGAGGUCAAGUCCGUAACACAUCUGAGAACGUGGGAAGACAACCAAAAUGUUGUGUUAUACGUCCACGUUUUCUACCAUGAGAAAGUGCGUGGAUUACUGAAGCGACCAGAAAAUAAGGAUGCUGUCUGUCAGAUACAAAGAAAAUUGCUGGAGAUGCAUCCGUGUAAAUACAUCAACGCUAAUGCUCAGGAUGAAAGUAGUAUGACCAGGAGACUUCCUCACGGAGGCGACAACAGCGGCUCUCAGAAUGACGGCGAUAAGAACAGUGAUAGUAAACCUUCACUUCUGCAAAGGUUGUUUGCCUAAGCAGAAGUGAUAUUUUUGGUCGCAGUAAUGAUGAUAUGAUUGGAGUUAACAUCACAGUGUAAGUGAAACAAUACAUACUGGACUACAUCAACAGCAAAAAUAUCGCAGUAAAGUGGAAAUAUUUAAAUGUAAUGAUUGUAGAAAACAUAAUCUUUUCCUCCUUUGUAAAAUUGGAUCAGGUACUAAUAAAACUGGUCUAAUCGUGUCUCUGUAAAUAGCUAAAGGCAGAGCUUUGUGUAUAUUUCCAGCUAUUGAAUGUUCUACAACCACAUUGUGUCAUUUGUGUUUUAGGAAUUUUUGGUGUAGUGAAGACAAAUAAACAGUAACUAGCCAGAGGUUCAACUUCAUGUAUUUAUCCAAGACUAAUCAAUUAAAUGUAAUAAAAGUGUACAAGGUUUGUUAGCAUGCAGUUUUGUUCUAUACUUUAUUGUAAAAUCAUCUAAGCCUUUAAUUUUAAAUGAACUAUCAAUAAAAGUAUCAUCAUAG